UCCGGUCUGGUGGGUCGGAGGGAGAUGACGGAGCCGGGCGCCUCGCCGGAGGACCCCUGGGUCAAGGCAAGCCCCGGGGGCGCGCACGCCUGCGAGGGGAGGUCGGGUCGGGCUCGUGCACGUAGGGGGUCCGGAAGACGAGGGGAUGCCUGGCAACCCCCGCAGUCCCCCCCGCCCCCCGGGCCCCGGGGCUGCGGAGAAGACAGCUCUUCCCCCGCCGGUGCCAAGGUAGAGUACGCCUAUAGUGACAACAGCCUGGACCCCGGGCUUUUUGUAGAAAGCUCUCGCAAAGGGAGCUUAGUGUCCAGAGCUAAUAGCAUCGGUUCCACCAGUGCCUCUUCUGUCCCCAACACAGAUGAUGAGGAUAGUGAUUACCACCAGGAGUCCUACAAAGAGUCGUACAAUGACCGCCGGCGUCGUGCCCACACUCAGGCUGAGCAGAAGAGGAGGGAUGCAAUCAAGAGAGGCUAUGAUGAUCUGCAGACCAUCGUGCCUACCUGCCAGCAGCAAGACUUCUCUAUUGGCUCCCAGAAACUCAGCAAAGCCAUUGUGCUACAAAAGACCAUCGACUAUAUCCAGUUUCUGCACAAAGAGAAGAAAAAGCAGGAGGAGGAAGUGUCCACACUACGCAAGGACGUCAUGGCCCUGAAGAUCAUGAAAGUGAACUAUGAACAGAUUGUGAAGGCGCACCAGGACAACCCCCAUGACGGGGAAGACCAGGUUUCUGACCAGGUCAAGUUCAACGUCUUUCAAGGCAUCAUGGACUCCUUGUUCCAGUCCUUCAAUGCUUCCAUCUCUGUGGCCAGUUUCCAGGAGUUGUCGGCCUGUGUCUUCAGCUGGAUUGAGGAACACUGUAAGCCUCAGACCCUCCGGGAGAUCGUGAUUGGCGUCCUGCACCAGUUAAAGAACCAGCUCUACUGACCAGUUCUUGAACCUGCUCAUCAGCUAACAAGAGGCCUGUGAGUCUCCCACUUUGUCUCAAAGCUGCCGGGCUUAAGAGAUUGGACUGCAGCACUGCACCCCAGCAAGCUGGUGUUUCCCUGUGAUUAAUUCUUAGCCUCACCUUGAGAGGCUGGGGGUGUUUGUGAAAGCUUCUGAUUAAUUUAUUAUAUUGACCAUAAAUCUCAAACCUA